CCCUUUCUCUUUCUCUCUACUCCAUGGAUCCUGCAAAUCCUUAAUCUUCAACUCAAUUCCUUCCUAAACCCUAAUUUCUUCAACUUCCUCAUUCCAGAUCCUUCCUCAAUCCGCCAUGAAAACUCAAAACUCGAGCUCAAACUCGAGCUCAAGCUCAGACCUCGCAAUUUGCAGAAACUACAAUUACACUGAGAAGGCAUGGCAUUUGGUUUCCAUUCUUUUAUUACUCGGUCGUCCGGCUUCUCCGCAGGAACUUUCUGGAAGAUGCUCGUUGUUCCGAUCUACGCCGGAGUUCGUCCAGUUUCUUUGCUCAAUCCCUAAUUCGCCGCUUAAUAUGAUUUCGAGGAACUUCGUUGGGCUUAAGAUGUCAGUUUUUACUGCUAUUGGUGAGUUCCUCGCUGGUUCGAUGCCGAAGAUUGAGCUCCGAGUGUUCGGAGGAGAGAGAUUAUUCCGCGGCCGCAGUGAUGUGGCGAGAAUGUAUUUCAGGAAGAGGAAGAAGUCGGAGAAUGAAAUUAUGCCGAUUGUGAAAAAAAGAGCGGUUUUGAGGUCUAUUGAUGAAAAUGUGCUGGAAAUGGCGUGUUCGAGUUCAAAUCAGAAGUUAGUAACCGCUUGUUGUGAGGGAAUUGAUCUACAAAGUUAUCAUCCCAGUACAUCCUUUAAUGCACCAUCAUUUAUCAGAUUUCCCAAAGAAGUUAAUCCUGUAACCAUCAGUGACAUGGUUGCGACCACAUCUAUAGUGAAUUCCAGUAUUCAAUUGUUGGAGUAUCAGUUAAAUAUUGAUGAUCAGGAAAGUGUACAAGGGCUAGAUACAUCUGCGGUUAAUGCCAUGGAUACAUGUGUAGCAAUGGAGAAGUAUAAUUGCUAUACCAAUGAGCCUAAUCAGCAUGAUAAAAACUCAUUGAUGAAGCCUAUGCCUGUCAUUAAUACUGCUUAUGACUUUAGUCACAGUAAAAAAUGUGAAACAAAAAUGCUGGACUUGAAUGAGCAACCAUUGAUGGAUGAUGAUGGUCCUGAAGAAAGGGUUGAGAAUAUUACGUUUGGCUCCUGCACUGAGGUUUUUUCUUCUGUGGAUAAAUUACGAGAGCUAGAUAUGGAAAUUGUUGAUUUUAAAGAGGAGGUGGCAAAUAUCAAAUUAGCAAGUCCGCCUUUGGUUUCUGCUGGUCCACAAUCUAGUGCUCAUAAGUCACCCACAAAAUCUUUAAUGCUGAAAGAUGUUCCUCAGGUUGAGCUGACAGAGAAACAACAAACUCUGUCCAAGUUAGUGCAACAUAAUAAAGUUGAUAUUAUCCAUAAAGAACAGAGAGGUCAAAAAGGUCAAAAUCAUCGGAUAAUAUUGGCGAUGAUGGACAAAUCCAAGCCCAUUGCUAGGAACAAUGCAUCCAUCCAUAAAAGAUGUGAUGAUGUUCAUAAGUUUUCCAAGGAUCAACAAAAGUUGAAAUUUCCUGAGUUCAAGCCGUACACAGUAGAAGCAGAAGAAGGGUCAGGAGGUUAUGGCACUGUAUAUAGAGCAAGAAGAAAUAGCGAUGGAUUAACAUUUGCUAUAAAAUGUCCUCAUGAGAAUGCUCAUAAACACCAUUUGAAGAAUGAGCUUAGGAUGCUUGAACGAUUUGGGGGAAAGAAUUAUGUGAUAAAAUAUGAAUGUUCCCUUAAGAGCGAUAGUUCUGAUUGCUUUGUUCUUGAGCACGUUGAGCAUGAUAGGCCUGAAGUUUUGAGAAAGGAGAUAAAUAUAUUUCAGCUUCAGCUGUAUGGUUACUGCAUGUUCAAGGCACUUGUUAGUCUUCAUAAGCAGGGAGUGUUUCACAGAGACAUCAAGCCUGGAAACUUCCUGUUCUCACGCAAAACCCUGAAAGGGUAUCUGAUUGACUUCAAUCUUGCUAAGGAUUUGAAUCAAAAGCAUGGGAAUAUAGAGAAAUCACAACCUUGCAAUGUGACAGAUAUUCAACAAAUUCCAUCAGCACAUUUUAAGUCUACUUCCCCCAACAAACGAAAGAAGAUUCUGGGUGGUAAAUCCUCUGAACUGUUCAAGGCAGGGGCAGAAAGUGGCUCUAAUCGUAGCCUGGAGACCAAGGCACUAAAGAAGAAGGAUUCGGACAAGGUUAGGGCUUUUGAAAAUAUAGGUCGUUGCAAUUCGCUCACAAGCCAAGGCGCAGAGGGGUCUGGCAUAACUUCUGCAAGGGACAUGACAAGCACUCGAGCUCCUUCAGCAGAGAGACAGAGGAAACCCCAGCCCCUUUUUAGUAAAGGUCGCAAGGAGCUGAUCAGCCUAGCCCAGAAAGCAGUGCAAGGCCCAAAUCUUGGAGCAGCAAAAGCUCCAGCUUCUAAUCGUAAAAGGGUGGCUGCUUCACCUGGGAUCACAGAUAGAAAAUUCAUUCAUCCUACUCCAGCUCCACUUCACUCAUCUGGCAUUGCAAUUCCGGGUGCUGGGUCACUGAAGAAUAGAGGAGAAGUUAAGCCUAUCAAGGAUGGCCCAUCAGCUGGAACAAAAGGGUUUCGUGCUCCGGAGGUCUUGCUUCGGUCUGCGCACCAAGGUCCUAAGGUUGAUGUUUGGUCAGCUGGUGUUACCUUACUUUACCUAAUAAGUGGAAGAAUGCCCUUCAACGGGGACCUAGAGCAAAACAUGAAAGACAUUGUAAAUAUGAAGGGCAAUGAAGAGCUAUGGGAAGUGGCCAAGUUACACAGCCGCGAAUCUUCUUUUCCAGUGGAACUUUUGGAUAUAAGAUACUUACAAUCAAUAACUAUUAGAGACUGGUAUAGGACACACACGAAGAGACAGGACCUCCUUAAGGUUAUCCCUGAUUCUCUUUUUGAUCUACUUGAGAAGUGCUUAACUGUGAAUCCGAGAUUGAGAAUCACUGCAGACGAAGCUCUUAAUCAUGAGUUCUUUGCGCCAGUUCAAGAUGCCUUGCUUAAAAAAAGAACAUUUAGACGGAGUCAAAAUGAGGAUUCUAAAAGCAACUCGUUGCCUUUGUUAUGUGAGGCUGUAAGACAAGAGAAUUUAAAUGCUUCUGUAAAAGUUUGAAGAUUCUUGUUGUAAUGUUUGGUUGUAUAGUAAUCCAUUUUCCCAAAAGAUUAUAUGGCUGACUGCUUUAUCA